UUUUCUGGAACGGGUAGACCAGUAAACUUCAAUGGCAGCCAACAUAGAGAAUAUCAUCAAAUACCGGUUUGCCGACCGCAAGCUGCUAAAAGAAGCCACAUUAGCAGCUGGUGCGUCGGUAUCCCGCACGGAUAUCGCCGGAGACGUAAACGGAAACAAGUCUCUUGCUUUAAUCGGUGACGCCCUUAUUCGCCUGGAUGUUGCACACCGAUCAUAUAUAGAGGGGGUAGGACCAGGGCAAAGCACUCUUGUGCUGAGCGCCGCGGGGGCAAACGAUUCACUAGCAGCUCUCGGGGCGCGACUCGGCCUGGACCGGAGCGUCACUAAAAAUCCGAGUCAAAGGGGGGAAAUCCCGCGGGUGACUCUUGCGUCGACAGUCGAAGCAUUGAUAGGGGCUGUCUGGGUAGAUUCUGGAAAUCAGUUUGACCAGGUCCAAUCUGUGCUCCGGGCUCUUCAACUCACCGAGCCUUUUGAAAGCGGCGGAACUGAUCGCUCUCCAUAGUCGAAGAUUAGGGAAACUUUAGUUUCUUAACCUACGAUCCGGAUCCGAACGUGGGGGGCCAGGCAUCGGCCAUGGAAAGGUGUUUGAAGAGUACAAUUUUCGCGAUUUACCAAUGGAUUUCUGUUUUUAAAUACUAGACCGACUUCCUUCCUUUACGCAAUUUGCCCAAAUAGGAGUCACCAUCCUAAUACUGGAUUCAGAAGCCGUGCCGCCUGCC